UUUCUUAGUUUCCUGAUAACCAUUCAGUCAUCUAUUUCAACACCCUGACAUGACAUAAAGGCAGGCGCGGAACCACACGUUCACCACACAGACACACGCCACCUUGCUGGAGCAUUUGCUAGGCGAGACGCUCCAUCGGACUAACUAGCCGCACUCAUGAAUCGGCACCAUCUGCAGGAUCACUUUCUGGAAAUAGACAAGAAGAACUGCUGUGUGUUCCGAGAUGACUUCAUUGCCAAGGUGUUGCCGCCAGUGUUGGGGCUGGAGUUUAUCUUCGGGCUUCUGGGCAAUGGCCUUGCCCUGUGGAUUUUCUGUUUCCACCUCAAGUCCUGGAAAUCCAGCCGGAUUUUCCUGUUCAACCUGGCAGUGGCUGACUUUCUACUGAUCAUCUGCCUGCCGUUCGUGAUGGACAACUAUGCGAGGCGUGCAGACUGGAAGUUUGGGGACAUCCCUUGCCGGCUGGUGCUCUUCAUGUUUGCCAUGAACCGCCAGGGCAGCAUCAUCUUCCUCACGGUGGUGGCCGUGGACAGGUAUUUCCGGGUAGUCCAUCCCCACCACGCCCUGAACAAGAUCUCCAAUCGGACAGCAGCCAUCAUCUCUUGCCUUCUGUGGGGCAUCACUAUUGGCCUGACAGUCCACCUCCUGAAGAAGACGUUGCUGAUCCAGAACGGCGGUGCAAAUGUGUGCAUCAGCUUCAGCAUCUGCCAUACCUUCCGGUGGCACGAAGCCAUGUUCCUCCUGGAGUUCUUCCUGCCCCUGGGCAUCAUCCUGUUCUGCUCAGCCAGAAUUAUCUGGAGCCUGCGGCAGAGACAAAUGGACCGACAUGCCAAGAUCAAGAGAGCCAUCACCUUCAUCAUGGUGGUGGCCAUCGUAUUUGUCAUCUGCUUCCUUCCCAGCGUGGCUGUGCGGAUACGCAUCUUCUGGCUCCUGCACACUUUGGGCACGCAGAAUUGUGAAGUGUACCGCUCAGUGGACCUGGCGUUCUUUAUCACUCUCAGCUUCACCUACAUGAACAGCAUGCUGGACCCCGUGGUGUACUAUUUCUCCAGCCCAUCCUUUCCCAACUUCUUCUCCACUUUGAUCAACCGCUGCCUCCGGAGGAAGAUGACAGGUGAGCCAGAUAAUAACCGCAGCACGAGCGUCGAGCUCACCGGGGACCCGAAAACAAGCAGAGGCGCUCCAGAGGCGUUAAUGGCCAACCCCGGUGAGCCAUGGAGCCCCUCUUAUCUGGGCCCAAACUCUCCUUAAAUAACCAUGCCAAGAAGGGACAUUGUCACCAAGAACCAAGAUCUCUGGAGAAACAGUUGGGCUGUUGCAUCGAGUAGUGUCACUGGACGCGGCCUACGGUUUCCUGGAACUUCCAGAUUCAGGGAAUCCGAUUUAGGGAAACUGGCAGACGACUGGGAGACUGGUUGCAAGGUGUGACCACAGGAAUCCUGGAGGAACAGAGAGUAAAGCUUCUAGGCAUCUGAAACUUUUGCUUCAUCUCUAACGCUCGCAGGACUGAAGAUGGGCAAAUGGUCAGUGUUUCUGCUGAGCAGAGUUGGAGCCAGAGAUCUACUUGUGACUUGUUGGCCUUCUUCCCGCACCUGCCUGAGCCUGGGAGGGCUCGGCUCCUGGGGUGAUAUCUAGCCUGCUUGUGAGCUCCAGCAGGAAUAAGGAGAGCUGAGAUUGGAGGGAAUUGUGUUGCUCCUGGAGGGAGCCCAGGCAUCAUUAAACAAGCCAGUAGGUCCCCUGGCUUCCGUGGACCAAUUCAUCUUUCAGACAAGCUUUAGCAGAAAUGGACUCAGGGAAGAGACUCACAUGCUUUGGUUAAUAUCUGUGUUUCCGGUGGGUGUAAUAGGGGAUUGGCCCCAGAAGGGACUGAGCUAAACAGUUUUAUUAUGGAAAAGGAAAUGGCAUUGCUGCUUUCAACCAGCGACUAAUGCAAUCCAUUCCUCUCUUGUUUAUAGUAAUCUAAGGGUUGAGCAGUUAAAACGGCUUCAGGAUAGAAAGCUGUUUCCCAUCUCUGUUUGCUUUUACCAUUAAAAGGGAAACGUGCCUCUGCCCCACGGUUAGAGCGGGGCACGUUCUUACUGGUUCCUUCACUUGUGUUUCUGUACUUACCAAAAAUCUACCAUUUCAAUAAAUUUUGAUAGGAGACACA